CUAGGGAGGCUGCAUGGGGAGCGUAUUGUUUCACAUUAAUACGCAGCCGGAGGGAUCUACAAGUUCGCCUGCGCACUGCAACUCCUCCUCUGUCUGUCGCGCUUCUCUGCCGGCUUCAGGAUGAUGAAGUUUAGGUUCAGAAGACAGGGCAACGACCCUCAGAGAGAGAGGAUCAAACAGGAUCUGUUUGCAUUUAAUAAGACUGUUCAGCAUGGAUUUCCCAAUCAGCCCAGCGCCCUUGCGUACGAUCCUAAACUCCGACUCAUGGCCAUCGGGACCAAAUCUGGAGCGGUCAAAGUCUAUGGUGCUCCGGGUGUGGAAUUCACCAGCCACCACAAGGAGACUGCCACCGUGACCCAGAUGCAUUUCCUUCUGGGCCAGGGCCGCCUCUUGUCACUACUCGAUGACAACACGCUGCACUUGUGGGAGAUCAAUGUGGGUGAGGGCAGCCCCGGGCUUGAGGAGGUUGGCAGCUUCUGCCUGCCUGGAAGGCCAGGCUUUGAGAGCACCAGUGCCACACGUGUGACUGUGAUCCUGCUGAAGAGGAGCUGUGACUUGCUGUGCCUGGGUACAGAGGGAGGAGGUGUCCACUUCCUGGAGAUGCCUACCCUCACCCUGCUGGACACACAGGCGCUUGUCCACGACCACAUCAUGCAGAGUGUUCCAGAGGAAUACAAGUGUGGGAAAUCACUGGGACCUGUGGAGUCCCUGCGGGAGCAUCCGCGAUGCCCCAACAAGAUGCUCAUCGGCUAUAGCCGAGGCCUCGUGGUUCUGUGGAACUACAGUAGCCGCAAAGUGGAGAACCUCUUCCUGGGAAACCAGCAACUGGAGAGUCUGGGCUGGGAGCGCAGUGGCAAGACCUUUGUGAGCUCUCACAGCGAUGGCAGCUACAUGACGUGGCCAGUCAGCAGCGCCCUGUCCACACAGCAGCCCAGCACUUCGGUCAUACCAUACGGCCCCUUUCCCUGCAAAGCUAUUAACAAGAUUGUAUGGAGGACGACGGAAUCAGGGGCCCCUCUCGUGGUGUUCAGCGGCGGUAUGCCGAGGGCCAGCUAUGGCGACAGACACUGUGUCACUGUGCUGCAGGAGAAGAUGCAGGUCACCCUGGACUUCACAUCCCGCGUCAUCGAUUUCUUUACCAUUCACUGCACAGACAGCGCUGCAGAGUUUGACAACCCAUCUGCACUGGUGGUCCUGUUGGAGGAGGAGCUGGUUGCGAUCGACCUACAAACGGUUGGCUGGCCCACCAUCCCCUGUCCGUACCUGGCUCCGCUCCACUCGUCGGCCAUCACCUGCUCUUACCACAUCUCCAAUGUGCCGCCCAAGCUGUGGGAGAGGGUGGUUGCUGCUGGGCUGCACCAGAGUCCACCGCCAACGCAUGUGAGGUGGCCAAUUAAUGGGGGAAAAGAUCUGGCUCUGGAACCGAAGCACAAUGGACUGCUUCUAACAGGGCAUGAGGACGGCACCGUGCGCUUCUGGGAUGCAUCUGGAGUCUCCCUGAAGCCCCUGUACAAGCUGAGCACGGCCAACAUCUUCCAGACGGACUGCGACCACAACGACGGCUUGAUGCAGGGAGCGGAGGAGGAGUGGCCUCCCUUCAGGAAGGUUGGCUGUUUUGACCCCUAUAGUGAUGACCCCAGGCUUGGGAUACAGAAGAUUGGCCUGUGUAAAUACAGCGGAAAGCUUGUCGUGGCUGGUACUGCAGGACAGGUUCUUGUGAUGGAUCUAAGCGAAGAGAUGUCGGCUCACGUGAUCAACAUCGCCACCAUCGAUCUGCUCCAGGACCGGGAGGGCUUCACCUGGAAGGGCCAUGAUCGACUGGCUCCCAAAACAGGGCCCAUCAGCUUCCCGCCAGGUUUCCACCCCUUCCUACUGGUGCAGUGCAUGCCCCCUGCAGCGGUGACCGCUGUGACGCUUCACGCUGAGUGGAACCUCGUUGCCUUUGGCACAAGCCACGGCUUUGGCCUGUUUGACUACCACCGCCGUAGCCCUGUUCUCGCGAGAUGUACCUUGCACCCUAAUGACUCACUGGCCAUGGAAGGGCCUCUGUCCCGGGUUAAGUCCCUGAAGAAGUCGCUGCGCCAGUCCUUCCGAAGGAUCCGCAAAAGCAGAGUGUCCGGGAAGAAGCGUGUGGUAGUGAGCAGCCCAACAAGCAAGGUACAAGAGGCAAACGCCCAACUGGCAGAGCAGGCAGGCCCCCACGACGUGGAAGUGACGCCAGUGCAGAGGCGGAUUGAGCCCCGCUCCGCUGACGACUCCCUCUCCGGGGUGGUGCGCUGCCUGUGCUUCGCCGACACUUUCCUUAGAGAUGGAACGCACCAUGGCCCUACCAUGUGGGCAGGCACCAACUCAGGUUCUGUGUAUGCCUAUGCCCUGGAGGUUCCAUCCCAGGAGAAGUUUUCAGAGCACAGCGUGGAGGCCGUGUUGGGGAAGGAGAUCCAGCUGAUGCACCGGGCCCCGGUAGUGGCCAUCGCUGUUCUGGAUGGCCGGGGGAACCCGCUGCCAGAGCCCUAUGAAGUGUCCCGGGACCUGGCCAAGGCCCCUGACAUGCAGGGCAGCCACUCUGUCCUCAUAGCUUCUGAAGAGCAGUUCAAGGUUUUCACACUACCCAAGGUCAGUGCCAAGACCAAGUUCAAGCUGACAGCUCACGAAGGCUGCCGGGUGCGCAAGGUGGCACUGGCGAGCUUCACAAGCGUGUCGUCAGAGGAAUACUGCGAGAACGGCCUCGUCUGCCUCACCAACCUGGGUGACAUCCACGUGUUCAGUGUGCCUGCGCUGCGGCCGCAGGUGCGCUAUGACUGCAUCCGCAAAGAAGACAUUAGCGGGAUUGCCUCCUGCGUCUUCACCAAGACAGGACAGGGAUUCUACCUGAUUUCUCCCUCCGAGUUUGAGCGCUUCUCAUUGUCUGCGCGGGUCGUCACACAGCCCCUGUGCUCGGUGGAUGUGGAUCGGCCCCACGCCUCCGCAGGUCUCAGAGCAAGUGUGCCAGUAUCACUGCAGUCCAACGGAACGCACAGAGUGCAGCACACAGGGGAUGUCCAGUCCCUCGGGGAUGCAGAAGAGGAAAUUCAGGCUGGUCUCUCAUCGCCUGCCCUGGACUCGCCCAACAGCAGUGCCGACAUCACACUGGACACCACCGGUGACAUCACGGUUGAAGAUGUGAAGGACUUCCUAACGUCUGUGGACGAAGCGGAGAGAAACCUGAAGAAUAUUUCUGAAGAAGACGGGCAUUCUCCUGGAAUUCUCAUCAAAUGAAGAGCAAGCCCUUGCUAUGCACUUGGGCAGAAGCCAGACUGCAUUGGACACAGCCCAGCAGGACCUAAUGGAGCCGAACAUUUUUAGGAGACGACAACCUAAUAGAACUGAAGCUGGACUAGAACUGCUUUGUUUGAUUUUGAACAGCGAUGUGAGGACAUGAACUGUCCCGAAAGACAACGGCUGUCGUUUCCCUCCUUUUCCAUCUCUGUUCACUCCUCCAUCCUGUGUAGCGUGAUGCCACAGUACCGACUCCUCGACCAAGUUGCCUCGUGUGUUUGCUCAACCCUGCACUUGUCAGGUUUCUCUUGGACAUGGGGUGGGUGUGUGUGUGUGUGUGUGUGUCAGGAUCCCAAGGACAGCUUCUGAUGUCAUACAUGAGCAAAGCAGCCAGUUAUUUUCCAAUGACUGUUAUAUUGGUUCACAGCAAUUUUUUUUUGAGUGACUGCAGCAUUGAAGGGGACCGAGUUAAUAUUUAUUGUAAUAAUUCCCAGUUGCUGUUAGGUUUCAGAUGCCCCCUCUCAGCCUCAGCUUAACGCUCUGGUUUCCGGACAUGUUGCUGCAGGGACCACUUGAGGGUCUUAGGGAACCACUUGCUGGAAUUUCAUCCAGCAACAUAUGAAGUGUGGGUUUUUUUUUUUUUUUUUUUCUUCCUCUGGGGUGACUUGUUAACCCUCGUGUGUAAUGAAGAAUCAGGAUGCCGGUGAGAAUUCAAAGUUGGACCCUGUGGGUUUGAGGAAAUGGACUUUCCGAAAGGAUCCAUGAAAUCGGUUCUGGUGUUUGACAGGACUGUUUCCUGCACUUUUUUUUUUUUCCUUCCUCCCUUCUCUCUAACCCCCCCCCCCCCCCCCCCCCCCAACUAUGAUUGGAGGAGGCUUGUGAUUCCUUUGCCAAGGCUUCAUUUCAAUUCCCUGCUCACCUACCUUAGUCCUAAUUUAGGUUCUUGUCCAUGUUUUGGCUUAAUGUCUUUACCAUGAGUUGAUCAUUUGUGCCAGUGGACUGUAAACACGGCAGCAGGGAACAUGUUGAGCUACGUUACAAUGACAGUAGAUGGUCCUGGUAGCAGGACACCUGGGUUACUGCUUCCCAGGGUGUGCCGAGGCUUCAUGGGGGGGUCCAGUUUGUGACUGGUUCCAAACUCCUCUUGUCAAGCUUUAUGUAACAGGCUGUUUUUGCUUGGUGUGCAGGGAGAGUAGUUGCACAGAGGCAAUAAAUUUGUUUUAACGUACCUCUUUUAUUCCCAUUCACAGUAUUAACGUAUGAAUCUUAGUGUAUAAUUUUUGUAAUGAAAGGAUUCUAUAUAGUCACUGGUGUGUAAAGUGCUCAUUUUAUUACUGUUUUUGUCUGGAGAUUAUAUUUUUUAACCAUAAGUGCGCUGAACCUACAGUCCGGGGACGCUAGAGAGACGAGGCUGAGGCUCUUCCGCAAAUGUUUUGUUGGGGAAAACUGCGGCUUUAAAACGUUUCCGGAAGUUUCUCCACGAUGCAAACCCCGUGCAAGCAACGAUAAGAUCUUAACGUUGGUGGAAAUAAACAUCAGAGCGUCAACGUUCAGGUCGGGGUGGAAAGCAAACUUUUUUUUCAGGUGUGUGAACACCGAAGGUGCAGAAAGUCUCCUGCCCUGGAUGUGUACGAGUCGAAGAGUAAGACUAAUAUACUGUGUACAAAGCCAAGGAUGGGCCUCCAAGAAACUGUUGUAAAAUGUCAUUUAACCUCGUCAUUGAUUUCUCCACUGCGCCACAUUCCUUGGUUUGAACACUUGAGUAAAUGGCACUUUUACUUGCGCUUGUAGCUUUUGUAUUUUUUUUGGUUUAGAACUGCUUUGAAAGGGACCUUACACCUGUAGUGUAAUUUAUAUGGAUUUUGUGUGCUUGCUUUUUAGUCCAAAGUGGACCUUUUAAAACAGUUGGCAACUAUCCUGUGAAAUUUCUUAGUUUACAUAUAUUUUUUUCCUCAUGCAGAAUGUACCUGUUAAUUACUUUUUCAGAUUAUAUAGCAUUAAGAAAUUGAUAGUGAUGAAUUUAAUGUCAAUAAAGCAUUAUC